AUGAGCUUCAUAACCCAGAAAGCCAAUCUAAACUCUCCUAUUGUAAGGAAACUUUUAAUAUAUCAGAUGACAAUAUUUGCUUCAUUCACAAAUCGACAUCUCAAGCAUGAUUAUGGCUUUCAGGUUAAUUGUUAUCCAAGCAAGCCAAUAGGGCUGUAUACCAAGCAGUCUGUCAUAUUCAGAACAGACUCGCAUGCUAAGGUUCUGGAAGGAUAUGCAGGUGCUGGGCUUCAUGACAGGGAGGAGGUUUUCCAAGUUGGUUGGAAGGAGGAAGUUGGGACGAGUCUGAAAGAAUUGUCUGAUAUCUCACAUUCGGAACAAAGAUCCCAACCAUCUUCAUUGACUGUCGACAAGCCUAAUGAUAGGAAGAGGAGAUAUUGACGUUAUCGUUUGCUGUUAUACUAGAUAUCAAAACAUUUUAAGUGCCUGUUUUUUUACAAAACAAUUUCCUGAUUUCAUGCAUGUAUGUAGGGUUGUGAAUCUAUAGCAUUUAGUGGUUUGGUUGGUAGCCCAGAUGGUAAGAACAAUGAUUGGUCUGGACAGCCAGAUCAAGUGAACUGUGUUUUAAGAGGGAGAUAUGUUCACAAAAGAAAAAUAAAAAUUGUUGCGUCUUAUUAUGAAUGUGGUUAGAAUACUUUGAUAAGUAGAAAAAAGCUAGACUGUUGGUUCCAGUUGGGGGUUAGGAUGCUGGUUCAUUGAUGAGGACAUCAUUGUCAAACCAUUUAGGGUUUAUGAGUGGAAGAAAUGGAAAAGGAGAACAUCUAGUGCACUGUUUUUGAAUUUGUUUAUCAAGCUAACAAAGACUUCUGGUAUUAUUGUUGUUGCAGUUGCCUACAUAUCCAACUACAAUGUUCCUUGGUGAAAGUGAUGGUGAAGGCAUGAGUCUUGUAUUAUACUUUAAAGUUAGUGAAA